UCCAACGGUCAUGUAUGUUGUACCUCUGCUGCAUGAGGCUUUUCCUUUUAUAUUAAACCACGUAUUUGACAAAAACUCAGCUGAAAACAAUAAUUAUCAAGGUUGAAAUACGGAAAGGCGCUGUUUCACGAGAAAAGUCUGCUGUCAUGGGUUUACUGAAUGCACUAAGAGCAGUCAGAUGCAUCCUGAGCUCCUUUCCAAAAUCAUGUUUUUCCACCAAAGCUUUGUGGCGGGACAAAAACAUCCUGCUGAUGGGUUCUCCUGGAGCUGGGAAGACCACAGUUGGGAGGAUAGUGGCGCACAGACUGGGACUACCUGUCAUCGACGUUGAUGACGAUAUAUUGGAGACGACAUGGAAGAUGCCAGUGGCUGAAAAGCUUUCAGCAGUCGGUGGCGAGCGUUUCCUGGAGGAGGAAGGUCAGGCUCUGUGUAACUUCUCGGCCUCUGGGUGUGUUGUCUCCCUGACAGGAUCUAACCCUCUUCACUCUGCGGCGAUGCGGCACGUCAGAGAGUCUGGGCUGGUCGUCUACUUGGAUGUUGACAGUGAGGACAUCAUACAGAGACUUGAAAGGAUGAAGGUGAACAGGAUUGUGGGUCAGGAGGCCGGGGUGUCCAUGAGAGACAUCCUGCGCUACAGGAAGCAGUUUUAUGAGAAGUGGCUGGAUGUGCGGGUGCUGUGUGGGAAAGGCGACACGGUGGAGGAAGUGGCGGAGAAGGUGCUGAAGGCGGUGGAGAGAUAUCAGAACCACUCUGCAGAAACGUAUGUGUCAACCAGGUGUGACAGCGAGAAAAGUCAGAAAACACACUUCAGUGACGUGGUAGUUGAGGGUCUCGCCACAGAUGGAGGCCUCUAUGUUCCCAAAAAUGGCUUCCCAAUCAUCGAUGCUCGUGAAUGGCUCAGACUAACUGACAUGUCAUACCCAGAACGAGCUCUAGUUCUGCUUGAAAAGUGCAUACACCCGUUAGACGUCUCUGCUUUGGAUCUAAGAGAGAUGAUAUUCAAAGCUUACGGGUCUAACUUUUCCAGCGAGGAGGUCGCUCCAGUGAAACAUCUCGUCCACAAUCAGUACGUCCAGGAGCUUUUUCACGGCCCCACCGCCUCGUUCAAAGACCUGGCCUUGCAGCUGAUGCCCCAGCUCUUUGCACACUGCCUCCCACACAUGUGCAACUACCUCAUCCUUGUAGCCACCUCUGGGGACACAGGAAGUGCAGUUCUCAGCGGCUUCAGCAGGCUCAGUGGCGCUGAUAAACACAGGACCGGCGUGCUGGUUUUUUUCCCAGAGAACGGCGUGAGUGAGAUUCAGAAGCUCCAGAUGACGAGCUUCAGGGAGGGAAACGCCAGGGCCGUGAGCGUCCUGUCAGAUUUUGAUUUCUGUCAGAGGACCAUAAAGAGGAUGUUUGGAGAAUCUGGGUUGACGGGACACCUCGCUGUGGAGUACGGCACAGUCCUCAGCACCGCCAACUCCAUCAACUGGGCGCGGCUGCUGCCACAGGUGGUGUACCAUUCCUCAGCCUAUCUGGAUCUGUGCAGAGACGGCGUUAUCAAGUUUGGGGAGCCCAUUGAUGUUUGCAUCCCUUCUGGUAACUUUGGCAAUGCCAUGUCGGCUUUGUACGCCAAGCAAAUGGGCGUCCCGAUAAGAAAAGUCAUCUGUGCGUCCAACCACAACCGCAUCAUCACGGACUUUAUCACCACAGGCGAGUACGAUCUCCGGGGAUGGCCUCUGGUGCUCUCCCACUCCCCGGCUAUAGAUAUCCUGAAAUCCUCCAACCUUGAGAGGUUUAUCUUCCACGUCUCAGACGGAGACGGCCGUCUUGUCAAGGAGCUGUUCACGCGUUUAGACCAGCGGCAGCACUUUCAGGUGCCUGAGCCUCUUAUUGGCAGGAUGCAGCAGGAAGUGCUGGCUGGCUGGUGCUCAGAAGACGACUGCUUGGCCGCCAUCCAGAGCGUUCACACACAGACGGGCUACCUCAUGGACACACACACCGCCGUGGCUAAAGUCGUGGCUGAUGGGCUGCAGGAUGGUGCGUGCCCCGUGGUGCUCUGCUCCACCGCGCACUACGGGAAGUUUGCUCCCGCUGUGUUCAAAGCUCUGCAAAUCCCAAAUAUUCCAGAGGAUCCCGUUGAGCAGCUGGUGAAGCUCGCAUCGACAGCUUCCAGACCCGAAAUCCACAGAGACAUGAUGAAGUGCCUGAAGGAAAGACGCAGGACGAAACACACUGUUUGUCAGGAGGAUUACGGCGUGUUGGUGGAGGAGGUGGAGAGCAUGAUACAGGACUCCUUCUUGAAAGUUAUGUAGGAUUAUUUUAGUUUUUGUUAAUUAGCACCUUAAUUAAACCUUUGAAACCUGAGAGAAUUGGC